AUGGACUCCUGCCCUCAAGUCCCUUCUUCGUCAUCAUCUUCGACGGCGUCGCCUUUGUCGUCGUCGGCGCCGGAGAAAGGAUGGGGAGUGAAGGUAUCAGAAGCAGUAUUAUCAGUAUAUAACUCUCUCCCAAAGAAAGGAAAGCCUCAGGGUCGUGAAGUCACCGUCAUGGCCGCCUUUCUCAUCUCUUCCCCUUCUCUAGAGUUGCAAGUGGUUGCAAUGGGAACGGGGACGAAAUGCCUUGGGCGAACCCGUCGGAGUCCGCGAGGAGAUGUUGUGAAUGAUUCUCAUGCUGAAAUUAUAGCAAGAAGAGCUUUACUGAGGUACUUCUACACAGAGAUUCUAUGUCUGACAAACGUCUGUUGUAACCAAAAACAUGAUAAUGGAAUUUUGCAAUUGCAAGGUGAUGAUGCUACAAAUUCGCUUUUCCGUUUAGAUAGUGAUGGUUCUGGCCAAGGAAAAUACAAAAUGAGGGCAGGCUGGCAAUUACAUUUAUACAUAUCACAGUUGCCAUGCGGAGAUGCCCCAGUUAGUUCACAUCCAUUUUCUUUGCAAAAUAGUCAUGUUAGAGAAAAGGAUUCAUGGUCCUCUACAAGCAAUCUUGAUAAAUAUGUUGACAAAAUUUUAGAGUCUUCCAUAUGCAAGGAAGGUAAUCGCUCAGAAGUCAUUGGCACAGUUCAAAGGAAACCUGGUCGGGGUGAUACAACUUUGUCAGUUAGCUGCUCAGAUAAGAUUGCCCGUUGGAAUGUUGUCGGAGUUCAAGGAGCUUUGCUUUUUCACUUUCUUCAACCAGUUUACCUUUCUUCCAUAGCUGUUGGACAAUCCUGUUAUGAUUCUGAAAAUUAUUUGAUCGAAGAUCACUUGAGAAGGACUUUAUAUGAUAGGGUCCUACCUUUGUCAAGCAAGCUAAUGGAUCCCUUUAAAGUGAAUAAGCCACUUUUUUGCAUAGCUCCGAUACCGCCAAAGGAGUUUCAGCAUUCUGAGACUGCACUGGACACUUUAACCUGCGGUUUACAGGUAUUCAAUAUGCUGGAAUAA